AUGUGUUGUAGUGUGCCUGUUCUGCUGCACCACCAGUUCUGGCUGCUGCGCAAGGCCCUGGUGGCGGGCGGCGAGGAGAGCGGGCUUUCGUUCACGCUGCCCAUCAGCGAGCCGCUGCCGCCGCAGUACUUUGUGCGGCUGGUCAGCGACAGGUGGCUCGCCUGCGAAGCCGUGCUGCCCAUCAGCUUCAGGCACCUCAUCCUGCCCGAGAAGUUCUCGCCCCCCACGGAGCUGCUGGACCUGCAGCCCCUGCCCGUCACCGCGCUGCGCAACGCGGCCUUCGAGGAGCUCUACACGCGGCCCGCGGGCGGCGAGGGCGGGGCCGGCGCGGCGGCGCAGCGGCCUAUAGCGGUGUUCAACGCCAUCCAGACGCAGCCGAGCGCGGCGGCGCGGGCGGGUAUGGUUGCGCUGCGCAGUUACGCGCGCGCGGCGGUCCGCGCGCGCGCGCCACGGGUCUUCAAUGCGCUGUACCACACCGACGACAACGUGCUGCUGGCAGCACCCACGGGCAGCGGCAAGACCAUAGCCGCGGAGUUUGCGCUGCUCAGGAUGCUGCAGCGCGCCAAGGAGGGCAAGGGCGUGGCCCGGUGCGUCUACGUGGCGCCCCUGGACGCCAUCGUGGCUGAGAGGGCGGCCGACUGGCGGGAGAAGUUUGGGAAGGGCCUCGGCCUCACGGUGGAGGUGCUGACCGGCGAGAGCGCGUCCGACCUGAAGCGCCUGGAGCGCGCCCAGCUGGUGCUGUCCAGCGCUCAGAACUGGGACAUGCUCAGCCGGAGGUGGAAGCAGCGCAAGAACGUGCAGGGGCCUUGA